GUGGCCGCGUCGUGCGCCUUAGAGCCGCAGUUCUCCCGUGAGAGGGCCUUUGCGGUGAGCCAAACACAUUAGCUCAGCAGCGGAAGACUCCGAGUUCUCGGUACUCUUCAGGGAUGAGUCAUGUGGCGGUGGAAAAUGCGCUCGGGCUGGACCAGCAGUUUGCUGGCCUAGACCUGAACUCUUCUGAUAAUCAGAGUGGAGGAAGUACCGCCAGCAAAGGGCGCUAUAUUCCUCCUCACUUAAGGAACAGAGAAGCUACUAAAGGAUUCUAUGAUAAAGACAGUUCAGGGUGGAGUUCUAGUAAAGAUAAGGAUGCAUACAGCAGUUUUGGUUGCCGUAGUGAUUCAAGAGGGAAGUCUAGUUUCUUCAGUGAUCGUGGAAGUGGAUCAAGGGGAAGGUUUGAUGAUCGUGGACGAGGUGACUAUGACAGCAUUGGCAGCCGUGGUGAGAGAGGUGGCUUUGGAAAAUAUGAACGUGGUGGAAACAGUCGCUGGUGUGACAAAUCAGAUGAAGAUGAUUGGUCAAAACCACUCCCGCCAAGUGAACGCUUGGAACAAUCUUCUGAUUGCAGAGAACUUUUUUCUGGAGGCAACACCGGGAUUAACUUUGAAAAAUACGAUGACAUUCCAGUUGAGGCAACAGGCAACAACUGUCCUCCACACAUUGAAAGUUUCAGUGAUCUUGAGAUGGGAGAAAUUAUUAUGGGAAACAUUGAGCUUACUCGCUACACUCGUCCAACUCCAGUGCAAAAGCAUGCUAUUCCUAUUAUCAAAGAGAAGAGAGACUUGAUGGCUUGUGCCCAAACAGGGUCUGGAAAAACUGCAGCAUUUCUCUUGCCCAUCUUGAGUCAGAUUUAUUCUGAUGGUCCAGGCGAGGCUUUGAGGGCCAUGAAGGAAAAUGGAAGGUAUGGGCGCCGCAAACAAUACCCAAUCUCCUUGGUGUUAGCACCAACUAGAGAAUUGGCUGUACAGAUCUAUGAGGAAGCCAGGAAAUUUUCAUACCGAUCUAGAGUUCGUCCUUGCGUGGUUUAUGGUGGUGCUGAUAUUGGUCAGCAAAUUCGAGACUUAGAACGUGGAUGUCACUUGUUAGUAGCCACUCCAGGACGUCUAGUGGAUAUGAUGGAAAGAGGGAAGAUUGGAUUAGACUUCUGCAAAUACUUGGUGUUAGAUGAAGCUGAUCGGAUGUUGGAUAUGGGGUUUGAGCCUCAAAUACGUAGAAUCGUUGAACAAGAUACUAUGCCACCAAAGGGAGUUCGCCACACUAUGAUGUUUAGUGCUACCUUCCCGAAGGAAAUACAGAUGCUUGCUCGUGAUUUCUUGGAUGAGUAUAUCUUUCUGGCCGUAGGAAGAGUUGGCUCUACCUCUGAGAACAUCACACAGAAAGUAGUCUGGGUGGAAGAGUCAGACAAACGGUCAUUUCUGCUUGACCUUCUAAAUGCAACAGGCAAAGAUUCACUGACCUUAGUGUUUGUGGAGACCAAAAAGGGUGCAGAUUCUCUAGAGGAUUUCUUGUACCAUGAAGGAUAUGCCUGUACGAGUAUCCAUGGAGACCGAUCUCAGAGAGAUAGAGAAGAGGCUCUUCACCAGUUCCGCUCAGGAAAAAGCCCGAUUCUAGUGGCUACAGCAGUAGCAGCAAGAGGACUGGACAUUUCAAAUGUGAAACAUGUUAUCAAUUUUGAUUUGCCCAGUGAUAUUGAAGAAUAUGUACAUCGCAUUGGCCGUACAGGACGUGUAGGAAACCUUGGCCUUGCCACCUCAUUCUUUAAUGAGAGGAACGUAAAUAUUACCAAGGAUUUGUUGGAUCUUCUUGUUGAAGCUAAACAAGAAGUGCCAUCUUGGUUAGAAAACAUGGCUUAUGAACAUCACUACAAGGGUAGCAGUCGUGGACGAUCCAAAAGUAGUAGAUUCAGUGGAGGAUUUGGUGCCAGAGACUAUCGACAGAGUAGUGGUGCCAGCAGUUCCAGCUUCAGCAGCAGCCGCGCCAGCAGCAGCCGCAGUGGUGGAGGCGGCCAUGGCAGCAGCAGAGGGUUUGGUGGAGGUGGCUAUGGAGGCUUUUACAACAGUGAUGGAUAUGGAGGAAAUUAUAACUCCCAGGGGGUUGACUGGUGGGGUAACUGAACCUGCUUUGCAGUAGGUCACCCUGCCAAACAAGCUAAUAUGGAAACCACAUGUAACUUAGCCAGACUAUACCUUGUGUAGCUUCAAGAACUCGCAGUACAUUACCAGCUGUGAUUCUCCACUGAAAUUUUUUUUUUAAGGGAGCUCAAGGUCACAUGAAGAGUUGAAAGGAACAAUCAGCAGCCCUGUUCAGAAGGUGGUUUGAAGACUUCAUUGCUGUAGUUUGGAUUAACUCCCCUCCCAACCCCCAUCCCAAACUGCAUUUAUAAUUUUGUGACUGAGGAUCAUUUGUUUGUUAAUGUACUGUGCCUUUAACUUUAGACAACUUUUUAUUUUGAUGUCCUGUUGGCUCAGUAAUGCUCAAGAUACCAAUUGUUUUGACAAAAUAAAUUUACUGAACUUGGGCUAAAAUCAAACCUUGGCACACAGGUGUGAUACAACUUAACAGGAAUCAUCGAUUCAUCCAUAAAUAUUAUAAGGAAAAAACUUAUGCGGUAGCCUGCAUUAGGGCUUUUUGAUACUUGCAGAUUGGGGGAAAACAAACAACAAACGUCUUGAAGCAUAUUAAUGGAAUUAGUUUCUAAUGUGGCAAACUGUAUUAAGUUAAAGUUCUGAUUUGCUCACUCUAUCCUGGAUAGGUAUUUAGAACCUGAUAGUCUUUAAACAAGCCAUUCCAGUCAUGAUGAGGUGAUGUAUGAAUACAUGCAUACAUUCAAAGCACUGUUUUCAAAGUUAAUGCAAGUAAAUACAGCAAUUCCUCUUUCAAUGUUUAGGCAGAUCAUUAAUUAUGAGCUAGCCAGAUGUGGGCAUACUAUUACAGGGAAAGUAUAAAGGUCUGAUAACUUGAGAUAGGUUUUUAGGAGAAUUCAUCUACUUAGACUUUAUAAAUGCCUGCCAUAAGUGAAAUUGAAAUGGUAGAAUGGCUGACCACAGCAAUGACCAGCCCUCAUUUAGGGCCCUGGAUGAUUUUUGGUCUAAUAACGCAUGCUAGUGUUGAUGUUUUUUGGUCAAGAGGGUAUGAACAGGAAGAAUUAAUGCAGCAGGCUUUAUUUUCAAUGCCGAUUUACAUUACUCUGUUCAAGCUGCGUUGAGAUGUUAAACUGGCUUACUAUAUAGACUUUGUAAAAAUGGCUCCAGAAGAGUAACAAACUGAAAUCUUUUGAGAUCACACAGGUUGGAAAUAUGUACAUAACUGCACAAGGUGUCAAUUCUGCUAUACAGUGCAGUUUUAGUCAGUUUUAGUUGCAUAGGUUUCCAUUGUAUUUAUAGUCUGUUUAUGCUAAAUCUGGCCAAAGAUGAGCAUUGUCCACCACUAAAAUGCCUCUGCCACUUUGAAUUCUGUGCUAAUUUUGUGGCCAGAAUGCGGUGAUCAAAACGCUCAAUCUUUUUACAGUGGCAUAGGAAGAUGGCAAAAAUUUCCUAAAGUGCAAUAGAUUUUCAAGUGUAUUGUGCCUUGUUCUAAAACUUUUAUUAAGUAGGUGCACUUGACAGUAUUGAGGUCAUUUGUUAUGGUGCUAUUUCAAUUAGUCUAGGUUUAGGCCCUUGUACAUUUUGCCCAUAACUUUUUACAAAGUACUUCUUUUAUUGCACAUUCAGAGAAUUUUAUAUAUAUGUCUUGUGUGCGUGUCCUUAAACUUCCAAUCUUAUUUUGUCUCUUGGAGAUUGUUGAACGCAGCUUGUCUAGGAAGGGGAUGGGACUAGAUUCUAAAAUUUAUUUGGGACCAUGGGAAUGAUAGUUGGGAAGAAAACUAUUUGCACACGACAGAUUUCUAGAUACUUUUUGCUGCUAGUUUUAUGUAAUAUUUAUUGAACAUUUUGACAAAUAUUUAUUUUUGUAAGCCUAAAAGUGAUUCUUUGAAAGUUUAAAGAAACUUGACCAAAAGACAGUACAAAAACACUGGCACUUGAAUGUUGAAUGUCACCGUAUGCGUGAAAUUAUAUAUUUCGGGGUAGUGUGAGCUUUUAAUGUUAAGUCAUAAUAAACUCUUAAGUCAAAUUAAGCAGACCCGGCAUUGGCAGUGUAGCCAUAACUUUCUGAUGUUAGUAAAAAUAAAAUUGGCGACUUUAAAUUAAAUCAUGCCAAGGUUUUGAUACACUUGUCUUAAGAUAUUAAUGAAACACUUCAAAACACUGAUACGAAGUGUCCAGAUUCUCAGAUAUUGUGUGAGUUUUGUUUCGUUGUGUGUAUUUUUUUUUUUCAGUGAAUGUCUGGCUCAUUGCAAUCCUCAAACAUGUGGUUAUCUUUGUUGUAUUGGCAUAAUCAGUGACUUGUACAUUCAGCGUUAGCAUUUGAGCAAGUUUUAUCAGCAAGCAAUAUUUUCAGUUAAUAAAUAAGGUUUCAAAAAUCACGAGUGGAUUUAAACUUGCUGAAUGUGAAGAUUGAACCUCAAGUCACUGUAGCUUUAGUAAUUGCUUAUUGUAUUAGUUUAGAUGCUAGCACUGCAUGUGCUGUGCAUAUUCUGAUUUUAUUAAAAUAAAAAGUUGAACUGCACAGUCUCCUUUGUUGUUGUCAAUUGUGGUUUAUUAUUAGAGGUGAAAAUAAAGUUGUGCUCUUGCCUGAA